GACCUCGUCAGAGAAGUCUGGCAUGAUUUCAAGUCAAGGCAGAAGAACCGCUCGCAAUGUCACUCUCAACUUGAAGAAGAACAACUGGUGGCGAUCGUUAGGCUCUGGGAUAGCGACAGACUCAAAUUCAGAGCGAAAACACGGUCCUGCUCUCAUCGGACGUGCGUCUGAGAGGAAUUCUACACAUCAAGGUCAUCCAGGUAAAGCUCGGGCAGGCGGAUCGUCGAACUUGUGGUCCCGCGUUCAGCUGGACAAACAUCAAGGAAAUGGCGAGGGACUGCAGAAGAAGCGCCUACUCCAACCUUAUGAUUUGUCAAUACAACUCAAGCGCCUGUGCAGCGAGGGAGACCUGGCUGGUGCCAUUGAGCGUUUAAAGACAACUCCUCGGGAUGCGCAGAACAUAGCCGUGUGGAAUACAAUGAUCUCAGAGUGCCUGAGCGCUGAGCGGUACCAGCUAUCCUACGACUUGUUCGUUGAUAUGAAGCGUAGAGGGUUUUCACCAAACAGCAUCACUUUCUCCACGAUGCUCAGCGGCAUUUCCUUCAUCAAAGACUGGCCGAAAUACAGCAAGCAAUUGCAGAACGCGCAUUCUCUUUACGAGUCCUACCUAAAACACAUCGAAUCGGUCAAAUUUCACGAACCUGAAAACUCGAAGGAGUUGUCCUUGCAGCCUCUUGUCGCAUACAUCCAGAUUCUCGGUGACGCAGGAGACUAUGAUAAAAUCUUUGACGUUUACUUCGCCAUUGACCAGGAAGGACCUCUCGCACCUGACAGGUUCAUCUUCACUGCGAUGUUCAAAGCAAUAUCCACGCGUCAGAAGCGCUCGGUCACUGGCGGAGAGACUUCUACUCGUAACGAUGCUGCGUCGGAUGCGAAGCACGUUUGGAUACAGAUGGAGAAAGUCAUGCAGAGGAAUCCUGACUUCUUCUUGGAUCCUGGGCUCAUUGCAGCAGGCAUUCGCGCUCUUACGCGGGGAAGCCCGAAUGAUCAAAGUUUUGCAUUCACCAUUAUCCAUAAUCAGUUGGGUCUUUCGAAGCCAGGGGAAGAAGUGCCUCGGAGGUUGUCAAACAAUCUUAACGCAUGGACAUUAGACGCUACCCUCCAGCUUUGCAACUCCAUGCAAAAACACAGACUCACCGUCCAUUUCACGCGUCAGGUCAUGGAAAAGAUCAAUUGGGACAAAGUAUGGAUGCGUUACCUCAUCGACUCUAGCCACAUACACAAACUCCUCAGAGCGUAUGCCGGACUGGCCUCUCUCGGAUCGCUCAAUGAGUCAAACGAAGCUCUUGAAGCAUUGGAGUGGAGUGUACGGAACGACGUAAUUUAUCAUCUCCCCAAGUUGACGCCGACGCCGCAAUCAUACCACCUCGCCCUCAUGACAUGCUGUCGCAGUGCAGACUGGCCAACUGCCGUCCGCGUGUAUGAGCUCAUGACAGGCGUCGAAGCCAGUCAAUUCGAGUCGGGCGGAAGUCGUUCUCCGACGGUGAAGAAGAGGUCCAAAGGAAAGAACCUGCCGACGGAUGUCGAGACCAUGUCGUUCCUUUUGCGCACUGCCCUUGCUGCCAACAACCUCACUCAUAUUCAACAUGCGAUGUGGCUAGCUGACUUUGCGCGCGUCGACGCGCUCCUCGGUGAUCAAAAAACGGCCGCCUUCUACCGAUCUAAACUUGCCUCUACCUUGAUGGAGGCGAUCAAGCGCCUCCAACAGGCGGGGGGGCUCACUCAGGAGCAAGAGAAGACCUGGAGCUCGUACAGAUCAUUGGCACGGGAGGUUCUAAAGAGCACGAGAGGUAGCCCGACACCUGGAGUUGAGGAGGAGAGGUUAGGAAACAUACGGACACUAGUUGACAUGGACAACUAUGUAGCCUUCGAGAUGGCAUCACGUAGUACCAAAUCGCGUACAUAAUGGAGGUGAAUGGAGGGCACUCCAUU